GCUUCCCCGCCGCGUGCGCGCCUGAAAGGGAAGGGGGCGGGGCUAACGGUGGCCCAAUCGCCUCCCUCCCCUGCUCGCAGUGCAACACUUCAGACGACCAGGGAAGCUUCGGGGAGUGGGCGGCGAGCGAUUCUUUUCUCCGGUUAACGAGAAGAGUUAAAGCAAAAAGAUGAACGUUGGGGUUGCCCACAGUGAAGUCAAUCCCAACACGAGGGUCAUGAACAGCCGAGGAAUGUGGCUCACCUAUGCCCUUGGAGUUGGUUUGCUUCAUAUUGUCUUGCUCAGCAUUCCUUUCUUCAGUGUUCCAGUGGCUUGGACCUUAACCAAUAUUAUUCACAAUUUGGGUAUGUACGUAUUUUUGCAUGCAGUAAAAGGAACGCCUUUUGAAACACCUGACCAAGGUAAAGCAAGACUGCUGACUCACUGGGAACAGCUGGAUUAUGGUGUACAGUUUACAUCUUCACGAAAAUUCUUCACAAUCUCGCCGAUAAUUCUAUAUUUCUUGGCAAGCUUCUACACCAAAUACGACCCAACACAUUUCAUUCUAAACACAGCUUCUCUUUUGAGUGUGCUUAUUCCUAAACUGCCACAACUGCAUGGAGUCAGGAUCUUCGGAAUCAACAAAUAUUAAGCGAGAGAUGUGCAGUGUGAGCAAUCUGACCAAGAUGUGGCCUGGUUUGAUCCUUGUCCUUGACAGAAGGAAUGGCUUGUUUUGCAGCUUAUACUGUGUAUUACUAGAUAAGUUUCACAUCUCUUUGGAGACUCUACUGCAAAGAUGUCAAUGCUGUUCUUUACAGGAGAAUCAGAGACUGUCAGAAGAUAUAUUAAACUUGAUUAUAUAUCUUUGGAGCAUAGGUUUCUGUAAAGAGCUGGGCAGGCCUAGCUCUCUAAAGAUAGCAGCAUUGAUGGGAAAUAGGCUGAAAUAACAAGUGAGCUGAAAAGGGAUACAAGAAAUUUUAUUGAUACAUAGUUGUAAUCUUUUACAAGUCAGCCAGCAAUAGUAAUAAAUGAUUGGGGGGAGGAAAUACCAUAUUUCUUCAUUUUUUCAUGUUUUGUUUGGGCUAAUUUUAGGGCAAGGUUUUCUAUCCAGCUUGAGGUGUUAUAAGGUUGAUAUUAAUGAGUUGCAGUGAACUUCAUACCUUACCUAUUCAUGAGUCUUAAUCACAGUGACUUUUCCAGUUUGAGGUCUUUGAACUCUGGGGAAUGAUAUGUCAACUUUUCAGGGGUUUUAUAUACAAUUAAACUGAUUGGUAUACUACUUGAUUUCCAGAAAUAGGUGGUUAUUCUAUACUUCUCAUUCUACUGUAUCUGAAAAACUUCCCUCAAACAAAAAAAAAAUCCUAGGGUCAGAAACUAGCAAAAGCUACUAAAUAAACUGACAUUUCUGGCCUGUGGGUUCAGAACAAGAGCUGCAAUCUGUUAGGAAAAUGUUAUCUGCAGUAGAAGAGGUAGUCAUUUUGAACAGAAAACUUCUAUGACAAGAAUUUCAAACAUCAAGCAGAGCGUAAUAUAUUCUCACCACGGAGUAAGAUUGAAGAAGAUUUGGAGGAAGUGGUUUGGAUCUCACAGAAAUGCAGCAGCACUUCACUCUUCAUUAAAAGCAGCCUGACUUUUCCAAAGCAAGACUGAAAAAAAAGAUGCCUCUGCUUUAUGGAAUCCACUCAUUAAACUUAAUGUGACUUUGGGGGAGCAGUGAAGAAAGAUGGCGGCUUUCACCAAUAACAGAGAGAUGGUGGGGUUGCCUGAGGUCUGUUACACUUCUUCCAGAUCAUUUUCGAAGCAUGCACAAUCCAAUCAUCGUUUCUGCAUCAAAGGGGACUUGGUAGAAAUUCAACACACUGUUGUACUUUAUAUCCAGCGUUGUGAGUUUUGGAGCCUUUUGAUGUAGGAAUUUUAAGAUCCUAGUUUCAGUAACUUACAAUCUCAGUAUUACAAGCAGAAAAAUACUGAGUUACUGAAAGUGAAUGAACUAACCAGGAGUAGCUCUGCUUAGCUGCUUAUCUACCCACAAAGAUCCUUCAAGUUAAAGCAGCAGUGAUUAUGCCCUCAAAGUAAGAACUGGCUUCUUUCAGGUAAUUACAGUUUCUCCCUGAUCGUGCUUCCUGAAAAUGUCUUUUAAAAAUAUUGAUGUUUUAUAAUAAUAAUAAUAAAUGACUUUGAGACUGACCAUAUCAGUAUGGGUCACUGUAUGCACAGUUCACUGUGAUAAACAGCACUGUACAAAUUGCUAUUAAACUCUGUAAAUAGAAUUAGUUGUAAUGUAGGAAUGGUAUUUUGGACUCUGUGUUAAAUGUAUGCAGAACUGAGUAAGAAGCCUUUUCAAUAGUUACACAAGACAUUGAUGUGGAUUUUUUUUCCUUUCUAGUACCUGACUUUUAUGGUUUAUGGUUUACUCCAAUUAAAAAUAAUUUGUCCUAAGAAAA